UUUUAAUUUUGUAGGAAAGACUUCCGUUUUGAGGACUACACUUCCGUUUCGAGAGAAAAAAAAAAAUUAUAACAGCGAAAUGGAGAUGUAUGAACAGCACGACGACGGCCCUGGGUUUGUUGGCAUUCGAUUUUGUAAAGAAUGCAACAACAUGUUAUAUCCAAAAGAGGACAAGGAGAAUAAAGUUCUUUUAUAUGCAUGCAGAAAUUGUGAUUACCAGCAGGAAGCUGAUAACCGAUGCAUAUACGUAAAUAAGAUCAUGCACGAGGUUGAUGAGCUAACACAAAUAGUAGGUGAUGUGAUUGCUGAUCCAACUCUUCCACGGACAGAGGACCACCCAUGUCCAAAGUGUGGCCAUCGAGAAGCUGUCUUUUUUCAGUCACAUAGUACCAAAGCAGAGGAGGGAAUGCGGCUAUACUAUGUGUGUACCAAUCAACAGUGUGUGCAUCGGUGGACAGAGUGACACUGGAUUUUUCUUAAAACUUUGAAAAGUGCAGUUCUGUUGAUGUCAAAACACAUCUCGCACAACUGUGACAUGCCCCGAGAUGACUGCUACUUCUGGCUUUUGUUUGUAAUUAAAACUAAGGAAGACAUUUUGAAUUUGUUUGUGUACUCGGCACAUUCAUAGGUAAGAAUUGCAUGUCAUAUUUUAAGAUUACUUCAAACAUGCCACAGUCAUCCAGAGUUUAAAACAAAAAGUAUUGGCAUCAGUGACCUUAUGUUUAUUUGAUGUACCUCAUCAUUGAAACAUGAAUGUCUCCAAGAUAAGGCUUUAGCAACAUACAUUGACAUCAAUAAACUAGAUUAAAAUUCAA